UUCUGUCUCUGUUUCUCUAAUCUGAAAGAGGAGUUGGCGUUGCUGACAAUUCCCAUCAAAAGAAGAAGCGGCAAAAAGCCGAGGGGCCAUCGCCAUAGCAUAGCACAACCCAGAAUUCACAAGCCCUUCUUCUUUUUUCCUCUCUAUCUAUCUUUUUUUGUUUUUGCCUUAAUUUCGAAUUCCCCAUCCCAAAAUCCGGUCUGGCAGCGAUCAAUUUCGUUUUCUCUCUUCGAUUCCUCGUUUCAGAUAUAACUGAUUGGGAUAGGAGCGUGCGAGAACGGGGAGAGAUAUGGGAUUGGCUGUGGAAAUGGCUUUUCGUGUUAGGAAAAUUGUAGUCGUGUCUGUCAGAACUUGCUACCGAUCAGUUCGUAAUUACCCAUUUCUGUUUGGCCUGCUGUGUUUCUUGAUUCUUCUGUAUAGAUCAUGUCCUUUUUUGUUUUCCCUUCUGGUGUCUGCGUCCCCUGUUUUGAUUUGCACGGCUGUUCUUCUUGGAACGCUUCUGAGUUUCGGGCAGCCUAAUAUACCUGAAAUCGAGGUGGAGGAGAAGGUUUCGCAGGAUGUAGCUUCUUUGAGAUCUGGGAUUUUGGACAAUGCUACUGUUGUUGCUAAGGAGGAUGAUAGUUUUACUGUAGAGAAAUUUGAAGGAAAUAAAGUUGGGGAUUCUUAUGUCGAAACAGGUUCUGAAGAAGACAAGAAAACAAGCAAGCUUGAUGAACACGGUGGUUUUGUUGACUUUGUUCCGUUGAUCCACGAGCGCGAUCGUGAAAUUACGUUUGAGAAGGGGGGAGGAGUUGAGGAGUUUGAUGAGAAGGGCAAAGUUGAGAAAGUGGCAGAUAGGGAAUUACUUCAUAGUUCAGAGUUGGAAGAGAAGGGAGAAAUUUAUGAAAGGGAUUUGGAUGUUAAAAGUGUGGCAACUGAUCGUGAAAAUGCUGUUGAGAACCAGCUUUUGGCGGCCCAAAGCAUGCGAAAUGAGAUUCUCGAAGUAGAAGAUCGUAACAUCCCAAUAGAACCUGUCCAUAAAGGAGAUCAUCAUCUAAAUUUAGCUCCAGAUGAUAAUGAUAAUGAUGAACAUGAUUAUGAUUCUUCUGGUUCUGAGUCUGAUCGAGCAGAAAGUUCCUCACCUGAUGCCUCAAUGGCUGACAUCAUUCCGCUCCUGGAUGAGUUGCACCCACUCUUGGACUCGGAAACUCCACUACCUGUAAAUAGGUCAAAUGAGGGAUCAGAUGCUUCUUCAGAACAGUCUCAUAAAAGUGAUGUUGAAUGUGUGAUGUCGGAUGAUGAUGCUGAAAACCAGGGAGAAGAAUGUGGCGCUGUCGAGAAUGAYGAUGAGGAUGAUGACGAGGAUGAUGAGGGGAUGCAGGAAGAGAAAGAGGAUGAGAGUAAAUCUGCAAUCAAGUGGACUGAGGAUGAUCAAAAGAAUCUCAUGGAUUUGGGAAGUUUAGAGCUUGAAAGGAAUCAGCGCUUGGAGAAUCUCAUUGCAAGGAGAAGAGCAAGGAACAACAUGAGAAUGUUGGCAGGGAAGAAUUUGAUAGACUUGGAUGGUUUCGAUCUCCCAGCUAACGUACCGCCCAUUUCUACAUCCAGACGUAACCCAUUCGACCUCCCUUAUGAUUCAUAUAAUAAUAUGGGAUUACCGCCAAUUCCUGGGUCUGCUCCAUCCAUUUUGUUGCCAAGACGAAAUCCAUUCGAUCUCCCAUAUGACCCAAAUGAAGAGAAACCAGACCUUAAGAGUGACGAUUUUGAACAAGAAUUUUUGCCACUUCAGCAGAAAGAUCUAUUCUUCCGAAGACAUGAAAGUUUUAGCGUGGGCCCCUCAAGCUUUGCAGUUCCCAAGGAAGAGCAGCAGAAUAUUAGAUGGAGACCAUAUUUCAUGCCAGAAAAGAUAGCUUCAGAAGGAACAAGCUACUCUCCAUUAGAUACGCAAUUUAGUGAAGUCAGUGAAUCAAAACUGAGUUCUGUUUCUGAUACUGAAUCAAUGAGUUCCAUUGCAGAUCAGGAUGAGAAGAAACCUGAUGAAUCAGAAUCUUUUCUGGAAACAACAGCAGUUUCCUACCUUGACCACACGGCCAGCAGUAUCGAGCAUGGAAAUGGGUCAUGGGAGGAUGUAGGCUCUGAAGAUUACGUACAAGAAACUAGAGAUGUGCAUCAUGAGGUGAUUGAGAUAACUUUGGGAUCCACGGAAAGUCACUUUGAAAUCCAAUCUGGCUCAUCUGAAAUUGGAGCUGCAGAAGCCCCAGUAGAGCUUAAUGCUGCUGAAAUUCACCCCAAAAGUGUAGUAGUUGAAACAGAUUUCAGCAGUAGUUCCAGUUUGUCUUCAUUAUCAGAAGUGAAUGAAACACCAUUUGAGGUCAAAACAGAUGAGGUGAAGCCAAGUAGUCCGCGUAUAGUGGAAUCCGGCAUGGGUGCUGGCAUAUCAAUGUUGGCUGCCCUUGAAGCAGACGCAGACUUCAAGAUUACCAGUGAAGUGUUGGACGACAACCAACAUAAGGAGCCUGUUUAUGACUCAAGCCCUUCAGCCGAAGGUAAGGAAUCUGAGGUACAUUCCGAAAUUGGCCAGGACGUCACUUCGAGUUUCAAAGAUGAUGCCUCCUCAGAGUUAUAUGUAGUUGAUAGAAAUGAACUUGAAUCGAGAGAAGUUUCAGAAGUUAUUAAGCAUGAGGUUACGAAGGUCGAGUCCCCCAAACAUGACACUAAUUUUGAUGCUCAAAACUUGUCUGUGGCCCCCGAACUUAUAGUUGAGCAUGUUUCAAUUGAUUCUGGUCCAUCCUUCUCGGAUAUUGCAUCUAUAGAGAAAGGAAUUGUAGAUGAUCGUAAGGAAGAUAAAGAUCACCCGACAAGUCACGAGGGGUAUGUUGUUGAUGGAAUUCACAAAACUGAAGAUGAGAAUCUAGGUUCUUCACCUUCAAGUGACCGGAUCUCGUCUCGGAGUCUGACUUUCACUGAACCAGAGGACCAACUGUCUUCAGUGAUAAACCAUGUUUCAGCAGAUAUUGGGUUACCUUCAGAUGUGAAACAUGUGGAGAUGCAUGGAACAUUAAAUAUAAAUAAUGAAGAAAAUUCUGAACUUGAAGAAUCCAAACUCCAUAGAUCAGGUUCAUCUGACAGCAGUUCUGUUGAGGAAGUAAUUAAUACUUCUAUAUCGAGUCGUGGUUUAGAAAUCCCUGCUCAGGAGCUUCACGACACGGUUGGAACGAUACAUUCUGUGACUACUUCUCAUGAGCAUUUGGCUACUACCAAUGCAACUAUUCCUGAAUCACGGGAACAAAAGAACCCUCCAGUGGUGGAAGAGCAAGUUGUAUUGAUUUCUUCAAGUUCAACAUUUCCUUCUGAAUUUGAGCAAGUGGAGGAGCGCUCAGUGAAUGAGAAAGAAGUUGUUAGGUCUGAACAAGAUUCUGUUCAGCCCUCAAGUAUUAAAUCACAAGCAGAGAGUGAAGCCUUGCAUGAUGUGGAUACUAAAAUUUCUUCUUCAGGUUCUAGUGCUCCUAAUGCAACUCCCGAGGUUAUUUCGUCUAUAACUGAAUUAGACCAGUCCUGGUUGGACAAGCCGAUGGUUGAACAUAUUCUUAGUAGUCRUGACGAUGCUGAGGAACCAAGUAUUUUAUCGACAGAUUCUGCUGCUGAAGUGACUCCUGAGAAUAUAGCGCCUAAAGUUCAUCAAGACAGUUCAACAGUUCUUCUAUCCUCKGUCGAUUCUGAUUCUUCCUCAUCUACAUCAGAUCAUGACUUCAGAACACCUAUGGUUAGAAGAGAUCCAAAAGAUAACAUUGGUGAUGCGUUUAACGAUCGAGAGGAGGUCUCAAAGCAUUUGGACUAUCUGGCUGAAUCAUAUGGAUCUCGUUUUUCGGAAAGGAUGAUUACGGAAGAGGUAGAUGAAAUAGCACACAUUGAUGAAGGAUUAUUAUCAGAAUUGGACGAAGUUGGUGAUUUCAGUGUCAAAGAUGUUGGGGAACCAGUCCUUGAAAAAAAGGUAACGUUAGAGGAAGCUCAAGCAGAGAGAUCUGAAUUAGGUUCUACUUCCAAUCCGACCGAAACUAAAUCAGAUCUGCCAAUUCUUGAAGCAAGAUCAAUCGAUGAUAUCAACUUGGCUUUUAGGCAACUCCAUGAAGGUGUAGACGUGGAGGACGUCAUUCUUCCCAGUGUGGUCGCAAGCCAAGUUAAGGAAGAAGCCAAACCCGAAACAAGUUCAGAUUUGGAAGUCGUCGAAGCAAGAUCUUUGGGAGAUAUUCAUGUUGCUUUGAUGCAAGUCUCGGUGAAUAACAAAGGUGGAUCAGAUUCUAGUUCCAACCCCACAGGAACUAAAUCAGAUAUACCAAUGCUUGAAGCGAGAUCACUUGAUGAUAUCAACUUGGCUUUUCGGCAACUCCAUGAAGGAGUAGACGUAGAGGACGUCAUUGUUCCCAGUGCAUUUGAAAACCAAGUUAAGGAAGAAGCCAAACCCGAAACAAGUUCGGAUUUGGAAGUCGUUGAGGCAAGAUCUCUGGGAGAUAUUCAUGUUGCUUUGAUGCAAGCCUCAGAGAAAAACUUAGGUGAGCUUCCAACAAGUUCUGCAUCAAAUGAUCCAUCAGAGGGAGUAGAACCAGCUGGAAUGGAUUCAAACACUGAGAUUGCCUCCUCAAACAUGACCAAUACCGAUAAACCAGCAGAUGCAAUUGAUGAAAAAUCUGUAGAUCCAACUGUUUCUGCUUCUCCUUCCAAAACCAAAGAUAAGAAGGAAAAAUCUGGAAAAUCAGAAUCAAGUGAUUCUGAUUAAGAUGAUAAUUCUAAGAGGUAAAAGGAGAAGAAUCAUGUGGAAUUUUUCUUUUGGGGUCUUCCUCUUCAUUUCAAGAUUUUUUUUUUUCUUUCAUGUUUGGYUGGGUUUUUCAGUUUGAUUGCCUGAUUCUUUUUUUUACUGUGCAAUCUUUUGAAAAGAAAAAAUGAGUUGUGGCUUGAUUUCUUGUAAUUGUGCAAGUUUCCAGGAUCCCCAUCCCCCCUUAAGAGUUGGAAGUUUGAGGGAGAAAAGGAGGUUUUUUUUUU